AUGCCGCUUGAAGAAGCAGCAACUGAGCCGAGAUUCCAUUACUGGUUUUGUGGAAGGUAUUGCUACAGAUGUUGUGUCAAAUGGAAAGUAGAUGAUAUUGAAAAUCAUGUCAGCGGCUUGGAAAAUGACAGAGAGCAACAAAACUCUGAAAUAGACGCGGAUCAAGUCGGUCAACUCGAUAACCCGUUUGAGGCAAUCCCUGUGGAAGAUUUGCCUCCACCUUACGAAGAGCCUGAGAACCCUUAUUAA